AUGGCCGCCGGACCGAUCGCCGAACGGAACCAGGACGCGACCAUCUACGUGGGCGGCCUCGACGAGAAGGUGAACGAGGGCACGCUGUGGGAGCUCUUUGUGCAGGCGGGCCCGGUGGUGAACGUUCACAUGCCGAAAGAUCGCGUCACCAACCAGCACCAGGGCUACGGCUUCGUGGAGUUCAUCAGCGAGGAGGACGCCGACUACGGCAUCAAAAUAAUGAACAUGAUCAAGCUGUACGGAAAGCCGAUCCGCGUCAACAAGGCGAGCGCCCACCAGAAGAACCUCGACGUCGGCGCGAACGUUUUCAUCGGCAACCUCGACCCGGAGGUGGACGAAAAGCUGCUGUACGACACCUUCUCCGCCUUUGGCGUCAUCCUCCAGACGCCCAAAAUCAUGCGCGACCCGGAGACGGGCAACUCAAAGGGCUACGCCUUCAUCAACUUUGCCUCCUUUGACGCCUCGGACGCGGCGAUCGAGGCGAUGAACGGCCAGUACCUCUGCAACCGACCCAUCACCAUCAGCUACGCCUUCAAGAAGGACGCCAAGGGCGAGCGGCACGGCUCGGCCGCGGAGCGCCUUCUCGCCGCACAGAACCCGCUGGCGCAGGCCGAUCGACCGCAUCAGCUAUUUGCGGACGCACCACCGACGGCGCCCAUGAUGGGAGCUCCGCCUCCGCCACCACCGCCGUCGCUGAUGCCGCCCAAUGCCCUCGGCCACGCGCCUCCGCCGCCGCCAAUGUUCGCCUAUGGUGGCAUGCCUCCGCCGCCCCCACCGCAGUCUGCUGUUCCCGGCGUAGGCGACGACCCAAUGGCCAACAUGGCGGCCAUGGCGCACGCUCACGCCCACGCCCAAGCGAUGAACCACCUGAGCCACCUGAAUCACAUGGCCGCCUUCAAUCCAAUGGGAUGA